AUGGAGAAUGCCAAACCUAUGGGCACUCCCAUGCAUCCAAACUCUCGGUUAGAUAAGGAUGAAACUGAGAAAGAUGUUGAUGAAACUAUGUAUAAAAGCAUGAGACAAUUCUGGGCAGGCUAUGAAAGCUUUCUUCAAGACAGCGUGAUCUGGGCUUGUUUCAAGUCAAGGGCUCCUCGUGAGAAGAUUUACAAGCUACCCACAAAGCCUUCCACUCGCUCUCAAGACCGGACCUUUACCCCUUCUCCUUCUCCUUCUCCUCCUACCUCUCCUCCUCACUGUGACCCCAUGGCUCGAACCAAGAACACUCCAAGGUUCCCUGCCUCGGCCAAACCAACUCCACCACCAAAGGCGACGCCUUCCAAACCUGCCUCUUCAAAACCCGGCUCUUCAAAGCCAUCCUCAUCCAAAGGGAAGCGUCAGGCGAUGGAGGAACCUGUUCCUGAGCCACAACAACCCAGGGCAAGAUCAGUUCCUGUGCGUUUACAGAGAGGUAACACUCGAGUCCCUCUCAAAAAUGUUAAAGAACCAUAA